AUGGCGCCGACGAUACACUCUGCCAAAUUGACGCUCUCGUGUCCGCUCUUCGCCGCAGACUUUGAUCCGCGCAACAACGGACGACUUCUAGUCGGCGGAGGAGGCGGCGAGGGGCGCAGUGGAUCUUUGAUUGACACUUCGCGUCGCGACGAGAUCGUAGAAGCUGUUGAACUGAACCUAUCGCGCGAUGAAGACUCGGUGACGUCGCUGGCUGCGGCACCGCUUGCUGGAGACGAGGCGGGCACGCUUGUUGCUUUGGCCGGCAUCAAUAGCUCUGUAGAGGAACAGAAGAAAAACAAUAAUCGGCAUUUGCGCGCAUUCCGAUUUGAGGCACCGUUAAAGAAUACCGCUGUUGCUGCUGCAGACACACCAGGCGCCAGGAACAGUGAGCAAGGCCAAAAAGAGGGAAAGGCAGCUCCUGGCAAGGCUACGGCGUUAUCCCAGGCAUCGCUAUUCCGAACGAAGAACGGGCCAGGAUCUUCAGAUACGUACCAGCGAGUGACGAGGCUCUCGCCGUGGGCGAAGGAGAAGGAUGGCACCGAGAAACACGCACGGAUCGGCGCUGUUGCGACAGGACUGGCUCAAUCCGGCGAGAUUGUAUUCUUCAGCGCCACGGAAGCUCCCAGCGAGAAGGAUGUUAUCGGCCGCAUUCAAUUAGCCAGCAAUGAAGAGGCCGAGGACUUGGAUUUUGUCAGCCUCGAACACGAGUCGGAGAAGACCGACGACGCCCAUGGCCGGUUCCUAAUGGCAUAUACCAAUGGCACGGAUGUGAUGGUCGGCGAGCUCUCGUCAUCCAGCCGGUCCAAUAGUUCUCCCGAUGUUCGGUCUGUCUAUACCAUCCCACUACCCGCCAGCGGAGCCCGCACAGGACGCCCCAAGUUCCGCGCCCUGCGAUUCCUCUCGCCUAGGACCCUCCUCUUACUCCAAAAUGCACCAAACCGCGGCGGAUGCGAGCUCAUCCUUCUCCAACUUCCAAGCGCAAAGUCAAGCAAGUCCCGCAUCUUACAGCGCCGCAAGCUCUCCAAGACCGUCAAGAUCGGCCUCGGUCUCGACAUAUGCCAACUCAGAACGAACCCGCAAGGCCAACAACAAACCGUCAUAGCAGUCAGCGGCAGCGACAACUCCAUCACACUAUUCACUCUAGAAUACGGGCCAAAGCGCGGCUUCAGCAAGUUCCGCCCCUACACAACCCUCCGCGACGUGCACCCCUUCUCAAUGACAAAGCUCACCUUCUCAACCUUCAUCGCACCACCACACCCGGUAACCCCCGAAGUCGGCCCCCAGAACAUCAAACUCGCCUCUGUCAGCAUGGGCAACACAGUCGUCGUGCAUACAUUCCCCCUAUCCCCCUUCCCAACCUCCUCCCGCACCCCCCGCUACGUCCUCGUCGUCCCGGGCCCCGCCGAAAUCUGGGAACUAGUCUACAGCAUCGUCGUCCUCCUCUUCUCCCUCUUCGCAAUCUGUCUCGCAAUGCUCGCCUUCACCGAGAUCCGCGGCGGAACACCCCCCUUCCUCGGUGCCACCGAGUGGCUCCCAGAUGGAAUCCGCAGUCUCAUUGCCAGAGACUACGUCGUCCCACCACGAGAAAAGCUAACAUACUUCGACACACUCUUCGCAUCAAAUAACGCCAACGGUGAAACCGUCCCCAUCGCAAAGACCUUCCCAGAAGCGCAGAUAGAAUCCCUCCGCGAGAUCCUAGACCGCGUACACCGUGUCGGCGCCGCACCAGCAGAUCUGGAAACGACUGCACCGCAGUCUGUGUCUGUUAUUGUGCGCUGCGACGCGGAAGAAAGCGUUCUCGUUGAGACGGCUGAGUCGGCGGUCGAGGCUGGGGAUUUGGAAGAGGAGAAGAGGAAGUUGCAGGCUUGGAUGGAUCUUUCGGAGGCUGAGCAGAGUGCUUGGAAACAGCGGCUUGUGGAUGCUGGGCGUUGGACGGCUUCUGAGGGGGAGAGUAUUCUUCUCGGUGUUCUGUUUGGUGAGACUUGCGGGGCGUUGGGGAGGGCUGUUAGGGAGGAGUUGGCGUGA